CAGAUUGAGUCCACAGAAGACAAACAUCAAGGAAGUCCAUCAUGAUGAUUAGUCCAGAACAGGAGGCUCUGAUUGGUCGAGUGUUUGAGGCGUAUGUGAUGGAGCAUCACCGUGGAGACAUCCUUCAGCUUCCUGCAGAUACUCAUGAUGACUUCCAUCAUGCUGUCAUCAUCAACGCCAUGACGCUGUUUGAAGCUAGUAUGGAGGUUGCAGAUUACUUCAACGCUUUCCCCGGAGACGUUCUGGCUGUAUUUGAUGACGUCUUACAAAAAGUCUUCCUGGAUUUAACUCAGACUGACUCUUCAAAUCCACACCAACGACAGAAAACAAAACGGACUCUUCACACUCGAAUCACAGGUCUUCCAGUAUGUCCAGAACUCACUCGGGACACCAUUCCCAGGUCCAGAGACGUUGGGCACUUCCUGUCUGUCACUGGUACUGUCAUCCGCACCAGUGUCACUAAGGUGCUGGAGUAUGAGCGUGAUUAUAUCUGUACCAAGUGCCGUCACGUGUUCACAGCCCAGGCUGACUUUGAACAGUUCUCCACAUUUGUCCCACCAACAACCUGCCCAAACCCCAACGACUGCGACUCCUUUAAGUUCAGCUGUCUGUCUGGAAGCUCUGAGCCGGCGGUCUGUAGGGACUACCAGGAGAUCAAGAUCCAGGAGCAGGUGCAGAGGCUGACAGUGGGCAGCGUUCCUCGUUCCAUGGUGGUCGUCCUGGAAGAUGACCUGGUUGACAAAUGUAAAUCUGGCGAUGAUGUGACGGUGUAUGGGGUGAUGUGCCAGCGCUGGCGGCCUUUUCGCGAUGGUUCUCUGUGUGAUGUGGAGCUGGUCCUCAGAGCCAACAACAUUGAAGUGAAUAACCAACAGGCUGCCGCUGCUCUGCUGCUGGAGGACAUUCAGAAGGAGUUUGAGGCAUUCUGGGAUGGACACAAACAUGAUCCCAUCACUGGUCGGAACCAGAUCUUGUUGAGUUUGUGUCCACAGGUGUUUGGUAUGUAUGUGGUUAAACUGGCUGUGGCCAUGGUGCUUGCUGGAGGGGUGCAGAGGGUCGAUUCCUCUGGAUCAAAGAUCAGAGGGGAGUGUCACAUGUUGCUGGUGGGUGAUCCUGGCACAGGGAAGUCGCAGUUUCUGAAGUAUGCGGCUAAGAUCAUGCCUCGCUCUGUACUCACAGCUGGAAUUGGAUCAACAAGUGCAGGUCUGACAGUCGCAGCGGUGAAGGACGGUGGUGACUGGCACCUGGAGGCUGGAGCUCUGGUUCUGUCAGAUGGCGGGUUGUGCUGCAUCGAUGAGUUCAGCAGCAUCAAGGAACACGAUCGCAUCAGCAUCCACGAAGCCAUGGAGCAGCAGUCCAUCAGUGUGGCCAAAGCUGGUAUUGUAUGUAAGCUGAACACGAGGACCAGCAUUCUAGCAGCGACCAACCCUAAAGGCCAGUAUGAUCCAGACCAGUCCGUCUCCGUCAAUGUGGCUCUGGCGAGUCCUUUGCUCAGUCGAUUUGACCUGGUUUUGGUCCUAAUGGACACUAGGAAUCCAGAGUGGGACUGCGUCAUCUCCUCAUUCAUUCUGGAGGAAAGAGGCGUCCCUGCAGAGUCUUUGUCCCUGUGGUCCAUAGACAGGAUGAAGUCGUAUUUCUCUCUGAUCAAACGCUUACAGCCGCGGGUGUCUGAGGAGGCAAACAGCAUCCUGUCACGUUACUACCAGCUGCAGAGACAGAGCGACAGUCGAAACGCGGCUCGCACCACCAUCCGCAUGCUGGAGAGUCUGAGCAGACUGGCAGAAGCUCACGCUCGGCUGAUGUUCAGAGAGACGGUAACCGUGGAAGACGCCGUCAUGGCCGUCUGCGUCAUGGAGUGCUCCAUGCAGGUAAAACAGCACAAAACAUCUGAUCAAUACUCGACCUGUGGCGAUGAUCACUUGAUGAGAAACACGCUGGUCAGGCUGGCUGUGGAGUUGAAGAGGAGUCAGAAACGAUUAGUGUUGUGCAGGACGUGGCCUCGGGGCCUCGCCUUCUCUGCAGGGGAGGAACGAGGGAUGAUGAAAGGAGGAGUGUCAGCACCCAGCAAACAGGAUUCCUUCAGAGAUGGCCUGGACAACAGCCUGGCCUCACCUGGAACGGGAGACGAGGACGACCAGGACAAAAAGCGACAAAAGAAACGAGGCAUCUUCCCCAAAGUGGCCAAAAAUAUAAUGAGAGCGUGGCUCUUCCAGCACCUCACAACCUUCAAGCGACUUGUCCUUACACACCUCAAGGCCAUCGCUGACUCUCACCCGGAUCCCCUGCAGUUCACCUACAAAGCCACCAGGUCAGUAGACGACACUGUCAACACGGCCCUCCACCUCAUCCUCCAGCAUCUGGACUCUCCAGGAACCUACACCAGGAUUCUGUUUGUGGACUUAAGCUCUGCUUUCAGUAUGACCAUCUCGGCUGGCCCUGGUGCAGGACAAACUCUCUCAGCUUGGCAUGCAUGUGGAUCACCGACUUCCUGUCCAACAGGAGGCAGCACAUGA